UUGUGCAUUUUGGACGUGUUUUACCGUCGCUGGCGGCCAACGACGAACAACACCAAAGUGUGAAAUGCUAAAGAAAUGAAGUAGUGAUGCGCACAGGUUAUUUGUCAUUGUAAUCAGCAUUGUACUGCUUUUGACUGCACAGUUCCGUUUGUUUACAAGUAUUUGUGUGUAAGUGCGUGUGCGUGUGUGUUUUAUUUGCAUUAUGAGUACAUAUUGUGUGCUUUUGUUGUUUGCCGCUAAUUAAAUGCCUUUUGUAUAGUAUGAGCUAAAAGUAAAUGAAGAGUGCACAGAACAGCAGCAGCAGCAGCAGCAGCAACAACAACAACAAGUAUUUCGCAACAAAAGCCAUAACAACAACCAUACAAAUAUUGAAAAUAUACAACAAUACAUGUACAUGCAUUUGUAUGAGCUUGUGAUUGUGUGUGUGCGUGAGCGUGUACUUAUGCUAGCAAGAAGGCAAUAAGCUAAAAAAGCAAAAAACCAGUUUUGAAAACUCAGCGCGCGCGUUGUCUAAAAGAAGAAGAGAGGGAGAAGCCAACAACAACAAAACCAACGGCAAGGCGACGCAAGCAGCGCAUCAAUUUUCCGCGCAAACACAGACAUUUUCUGAUUUUUUUUUUCAACAAGGACCUUGGGUUGGCUAAGCCUACCAAUUACGAAGCAUUUUAAAACGCCAGCUGUCACAGCAGUGCAUGAAAAUCGAAUUAACCUAUUUAUAAGUGCUCAACAUGCCCACCGACGCAGGCGUUGCUGCCACAGCCAGCCUGACCGCCACAGUCACCGUCAGGAUGACCGCAACACUGCCACAGCUGCGGCAAAUGCUUGCGAUGGCUUUGCUCGCCAUUAGUGUCACUGCUGCCGCCUCCGCCUCCUUUGCCGUAAGCUCGACCACGUGCGGUCCCAAUUUCCCCAGCGCCUGCAGUUGCGGUCGCGAGCUCUACGAAAGCGAGGUCCAGUAUAUUGUCAACUGCACGAAUGCGAGGCUGCGGAACACCAGUGUGCUGGAGUUUAUGCCGGAGGAUGUGGAGAUACUCAUUUUCACGGGCAAUAUAAUACCGGAGUUGCCAUGGAAUGUGUUUGGGACCAUUAACAAUUACAAGAAGCUGCGCAUCGUCGACAUGAGCAACAACCAUAUACGGGAGAUUCGGGGCAAGAGCUAUCAUCAUGUGCCGCUGGUGGAGAGACUGAUCCUGAAUCACAACAACCUGAGCAUUUCCCGCUACGACGAUGAGGUGAAUCAUCAUCAUCCGCGUGUGUUCAGCAACUUUGUGAACUUGCAGAGCCUCCAUCUGACCGACGCCUUCGAGGACAACAGUUCGCCACAAUUGAGCGAGGACCUGCAUGACAUUUUCGUGAACAGUCAGCUCCUGAAGCUGCAGAAAUUGCAUCUGGAGCAGAACGAGAUCACACACUUCAAGGACCGCAACGUGUUCUGUGACUUGCCAGCCUUGCGCGAUUUGCAUUUGGGCGACAAUCUGCUUAAGGACAUUAACUUCGAGGUGCGCUGUCUGAAGCAGUUGCGCUUCUUGGAUCUGGAGCGCAACAAAUUCCAGUUUGUGAAGCCCGGAGAUAUGCGUGUGUUGAAUGAUUUGGAGGAGCGCGUGAAUCGCACCGUCAAUCUGAUUGUGGACUUCAACUUGAAUCCGUUUGUCUGCGACUGCAAGAUAUCGCCGUUUCGCACGUGGAUACAGUCCACCCGGGUAACGGUCAGGAACAAGGACAGCCUCAUGUGCUUCCAUGAGGACAGUCUGGCACGUGGCACCGUCGAUCCGGCGCCCGCACACAUCCUCCAGCUGGACAUGCAACCGUGCGCGGCCGCCAUUGCUGCAGCGGCAUCCUUUUUCAAUGCAGCCGAGGAAGAGGAACGCUAUGGGGAAUUGCAGCCGCACAUGAGUGGACACACGGCCACCCUGAUCUUCUUGCUCAUCGUACUCAGCAUGAUACUACUGGGCUUGCUGGUCGCCCUAGUCUACGUGAGUCGCGACAAAUUGAAGUACAUGAUCACGCCGGUGUUCGAUAAUGUGGCCAAGAAGGUGCAGUACACGUCCAUAAAGGACGAGGACUGCCCUGAGGUGCAUGUCUAGGGUGUAGCCCAUAGAAUUUCCUCAUAUCACAACAACACCAACAACAACAAGAAUGAGAACAACAGCCAGUACAGUUUAAUAAAUUCUUUCUUUUUGCCAUAUAUAGUGCACAUGUUGCCAUCAAAAUUAUGCAAAAUGUGCCAUCCAUUCAGAAAGGGAACUACGAGUCUAAAAACCAGAACCGAAACAAAAAACAAAACAGCACACAUAUCAUUUGUAAAACCGUUUCAAAUACUUAUACACACAAUAUGAGGUAAGCAAAACGAACAGACAUGCAUAUUCGUAUUUAUAAAUAAACAGGGCGAAUGUUCCAAAGCAAAGCAUACUUACAUAAUAAACCAAGUUCUUGAAACUAGCCAAGCGAUUUCGUUGCUAUUUGGUACACUUUUUUGUUUUUGUUUUUGGAAGAAUGGGACGCACUUUGCUUUGGAACGGCACAAAAAAAAAAUCGCACACACACACACACACAGACAGACAUAUUGUUUCGUAGUAAUUAAGUGAAUUGUUGCAUUUAGCGUGUCAACAAUACAAACUGUAAGCGCCGUAAGGGGCGUUUGAUUAAUUACAAAAUUAAAUUAAUUUUAGCUGUUUUUCUAAGUAACCCUUAAGUCAGUCUUGUUAUGCGUUCUUUGAUUUCAUAUACCUUUAAAUCGAGUUAUAUAUCAAUCAAUUUAGCAGCAAGACCAUAUACUAUAUAAUUACAAGUAUACUUAUAUGAUGCGUAUUUAAAUAUAUACAUAUAUCGUAACAAACACUUUAGUGUUAUCUGUGAUUUAAGUUUAGUAGCUUUACUUUGUUAAAACUCUAAAUAAACCACAAACAGAACGAGCAACACAUAACAAAUGAAAACAUGCACAUGAACAAUUUGUGUGACAUAAUUCCAUACAUAUACAAAUACAUAUAUGCAUAUGUAUAUGUAUGUAUGUAUGUAUGUAUGCAUAUUCAUAGAUUGUGUUUAUCUGCCACAAUGUAAAUGUGUUUAUCUACCACAAUGUACUUUAAAAUGUUAUUAAUAAUUUUCACAUUACUUUUACUGCUUAUCGUUUUGAUAUUCUGCAAU